AUGAAAGACAGUAUGAAAUCCUGCCAGCACGCGUUAUCAGACGACGUCGUGUACAAAGAAGUUGUUGUUAUCGGCAAUGGACCGAGCGGUAUGGUCACCUCGUUCAUGUUGGCCGGUAAUGUGCCCUACCUCAAGGAGAUCCCAGAUGACUUACCUAUCGAUGAAAUGCUUAGAGCCAGACUAUCAAAUAUCCCCCGUGGACAGAGUUUAUAUGAGACAGACCUCUUGGAGCUGGCUGAGGGGCUCGAAGGUAGAAGCCAGAACCCCAUUCCACUACUGAUGGACAAUCUACUGCGGCCCUGCGCAGAUAUGGGCAUACAGGCGGACCCACUCAUAGAAUGGAAAUACGAUGUCGAGAAACAGAUCGAUCACAUAGUCCUCGGCCGUGGUCCGCCAGGUGGGUCGUGGCACACGUUCCCCCCGAGCGUGCGCACUCUGUCCCCGGCCGCGUGGCUGUCCCUGCCGCCGCACGCCCCCACCGGCACGGCGCGACUCUCCGCGCGCGCCGUCGCUAAAUAUUGUCGCCGAUAUGUCCACGCUUGUAAACUACAGAAAUUCUUCCGUAGCGGCGUGACAGUGACGAGCGUGACUCGUAUCCCGCAGUCGGACACGCCGCGCUGUCACAACACACAUUGUCCACUCAACGCACAGUUCUGUGUUCAGGGGUUCGACAGCGCGUCGUGCCGUCCGCUCCGCUACGUGUGCGCGCGCGUGGUGGUGGCGGCGGGCGGCGGCGCGCGUCCGCGCACGUUGUCGCGCGCUGUCGCCGCGCACUCGCUGCACGCGCUCGCGACCUUCGAGCGCGCGCUGCACGCACUGCGCAACACUGCAGUAGACGGCGCCCCCCCGCGCGUGCUGGUGGUGGGGUCUGGUGUGAGCGCGGCGGACGGCGUGUGGCUCGCGCAGCAGGGCGGCCUGCACGCCGCGCACCUGCACCGCGCGCCCGCUGACGCACUCGCACGACUCGACCCCAGCGCGUACCCGGACUACUGCCAGGUAUACAGAAUGAUGUGCGACGGUCCGUCAGGCAACCACAAGAACUACACUCCGUACCCGCACCACACCAUCGUCGACGUCACGCCCCUCGACACGCGACACACUGACGACAUCGACGACUACGCCCUCUGUCCCAAGCGGGUCAAACUACUCGACCUCAACACUAACGAGAUCACAGAAAUACAAGUCUAUGUCAUUGGCGUCUUCAUCGGCUCCAAACCGGACCUAUUCUUCUUACAAACGAACUACCUCGACUGCAUCGACAUCAAGAUAGACUGCACCAAAUGUAUCGACGAAUCCAAACCCACCAACCGCAAGAUAGAAGAGAAACAAUGCUUCCUCAAAAACCACUGGCAUUACCUCAAAUCUAUGCUCGGACAGAGCAUCCAGAGCUGCAAGUCCAGAUACUUAAAUUAUUCCGAAAUAAAUGGCAACUCUGACACAAAGUGCGUUAUACCGGACUGUAACAAGCGAACUGUCGAUAUCAAUGAGAAAAAUAAUGUCAUGGACAAAUGUGAAAUCAUUCCAUAUUCAGACGACGACAAGGUGCAAUGUACCUGCGAGACUGUCAAUCCUUACUCUUCGGGGCUAGGCUUCGGUUUGGAUCCGAAGAAGCCAGUGGACGGAAGGAGUAACCCUAUAGCUGUAGACAAGUCUUCUCACGAGAUACUGAACGGGCCGGAGGGCAUGUACGCGCUGGGUCCGCUGACUGCGGACAACUUUGUGCGCUUCAUCCCCGGCGGAGCGCUCGCCCUCGUCACACACAUGCACCAGAACAAACACUGA